CGAUAUAUUUAGCCUAUUGCGUUUGCGGUAUUGCCAUUUGAGAAAGAGAAGACUCAAACGGAACAUCAAAUUGGAUUGCCAGGUUCCCCGGAAGAUGCGGCUGUGAGCUUGCUCAGAGUGCUGAUCCUGUGGGUCUUCACCCGAUCGUGACCAUGGGGAUAUGCAUUGCAGGCCAGGAGAACUGCUCUGCCAACAAUGAAUCCAAGGACUACUGUUACUCAGCCCGAAUCCGCAGCACCGUGCUUCAGGGCCUACCCUUUGGAGGUGUCCCCACAGUCCUUGCGCUGGACUUUAUGUGCUUCCUGGUGCUUCUAUUUGUCUUCUCAAUAUUGCGGAAAGUGGCCUGGGAUUAUGGACGCUUGGCAUUGGUGACAGACACUGACAGUGUUGCCUCAGCUCUGCAUUCUGAAGCGCCAGACCGCUAUGAACGUCUCACUACAGUCUCCAGCUCUGUCGACUUUGAUCAACGGGAUAACGGCUUCUGUUCCUGGUUAACUGCCAUCUUCAGAAUAAAGGACGAGGAGAUCCGGGUGAAGUGUGGUGAGGAUGCUGUGCACUACCUUUCCUUCCAGCGCCACAUCAUCGGCCAGCUUGUGGUUGUUGGGGUUCUGUCUGUGGGCAUCGUCCUGCCGGUCAACUUUUCUGGAGACCUUUUGGAAAAUAAUGCAUACAGCUUUGGGCGGACCACUAUAGCAAACCUGAAGUCUGGGACUAACCUUGUGUGGCUCCACACUUCAUUUGCAUUCAUAUACCUGCUUCUGACUGUGUACAGCAUGAGACGACACACUUCCAAGAUGCAUUACAAGGAGGACGACCUGGUGAAACGCACUUUAUUUAUCAAUGGGAUCUCCAAAUAUGCCGAAGAGGUCCACAUAAAACAACACUUUGAACAAGCCUACGAGAACUGCACUGUUCUGGAUGCUCGAAUCUGCUACAACGUAGCCAAACUCAUGUCCCUGAAUGCUGAGAGGAAGAAGACAGAGCGCAGUUUAAAGUUCUUCACUGAUCUCAUGGCCAAAGAGCACAUGCCCACCAUGAUCAACCCCAAACCCUGUGGACACCUCUGCUGCUGUGUCAUCAAAGGCUGUGAGCAGGAAGAGGCGGUGAGCUUCUAUACUAAGCGGGAGGCUAAACUGAAGGAGGACUACAGAAAGGAGAAAGAGAAGGUCAACACCAAACCUCUUGGCAUGGCGUUCGUCACUUUCCAGAAUGAGGCCAUGACCUCAAUAAUCCUAAAGGACUUCAAUGCCUGCCAAUGCCAUGGCUGCACUUGUCGCCAAGAGCCCAAGUCAUCCCAGUUCAGUGAAAGUCUCCACGUCUACAACUGGAGUGUGAGCUAUGCUCCUGACCCUCAGAACGUGCGCUGGGAGCACUUAUCAUUGGGGGGGAUCUCCUGGUGGAUUCGCUGCUUCAUCAUCAACUGCAUCCUUUUCCUCCUGCUCUUCUUUCUCACCACGCCCGCCAUCAUUAUCUCCACGAUGGACAAGUUUAACGUCACCAAGCCUGUGGAGUAUCUCAAUAACCCCAUCAUCACCCAGUUUUUCCCCACUUUGCUCCUGUGGGCUUUCUCUGCCCUGCUGCCGACCAUCGUCUACUACUCUGCUUUCUUCGAGAAACACUGGACGAGAUCAGGGGAGAACCGGACCACCAUGCACAAGUGCUACACCUUCCUCAUCUUCAUGGUCCUCUUGCUGCCUUCACUGGGUCUUAGCAGUUUGGAUGUCUUCUUCCGCUGGCUGUUUGAUAAGAAAUUCCUUGCUGACGCCACUGUCAGAUUUGAGUGUGUCUUCCUCCCUGACAACGGAGCCUUCUUCGUCAACUAUGUCAUCGCCUCAGCUUUUAUCGGUAAUGCCAUGGACCUGCUGCGGAUUCCAGGCCUGCUCAUGUAUAUGAUCCGACUGUCCCUGGCCCGUUCCUCUGCAGAGAGGCGCAACGUAAAGAGGCAUCAAGCAUUUGAAUUCCAGUUUGGAGCGGCCUACGCCUGGAUGAUGUCCGUCUUCACUGUAGUUAUGACAUACAGCAUCACCUGUCCAAUCAUCGUCCCCUUUGGUCUGAUGUACAUGCUGCUGAAGCACCUGGUGGAUAGAUACAACAUGUAUUACGCUUACCUUCCCUCGAAACUGGACAAGAAAAUCCACUCCGGUGCUGUCAAUCAGGUGGUGGCAGCUCCCAUCCUCUGUCUCUUUUGGCUGCUAUUCUUUUCCACCAUGCGCACGGGCUUUGUGACCCCCACGUCCAUGUUCACUUUGGUGGUCCUAAUCAUCACCAUUGUGGUAUGCCUGUCGCACGUCUGCUUCGGCCACUUCAAGUACCUCAGCGCUCACAACUACAAGAUUGACACCAAGGAAACAGAUGUUGACGUGGUUGAAAAUGGCCCCCCACCACUCCGCACCUUCUCCACUCCUUCUACUAAGUCUCAGCAACCAACGUACAUUGCCCAGGUCUUACGGGACCCAAUCACGGAUGACGCUUGCACAGGUAGUGGGGAGGAAGAUCGGGGGUCCUCACAGGAUGAGGAGAUGAUCAACACUGGAAAUAGUCUCAAUGAAUCUGAUUUCCAGUCUGGUGAAGACAGCCUCAUAGCCAACGAGGUCCACCAGUAACACUACCAGCUGAGAAAAGGGAAAGAGCGAAAGAUGGUGAGAGUGAUUUUGGAGAAGAUGAAUGCCAGACACAAACAAACCACCAACUUCACUUUGUAUUCUAAAAACAUCUGCAGUCAUUCCUCCCCCAUGCUCACCCACUCUGUCACACGGUGUAGUUGUCUAAUUUGGAGAUUGUCUGUACGGAUUCUUCAAAGUCCCCUCUCAGUCUAUUUUGAUCACCUAUCUGCGCAAUAUGAAUCUGGGCAUUGACGCCCCUUGUUUUUUUUAUUUAUCUACUGGAGUCCUACACUUUUAUGGAGCUUCUAUGGAGCACAAGUCUAACACUGGUUUUCAUCAAACCCAGAAAGAUGUAGUCCCAGGAAAAAAAACAUACAAUAGCCUAGACUUUGUACAUAUCCCAAAAUAUACCAACCCAUUUUUUUCCUCUCUUAUUGGGAAGAGGGGGGUCCAAAUCGUGCCUGGUUUGAGUUUCUUUUCAUCCAUAUUUCCUUACUUGUGUGUCUAACUACUAAAUCCCCAUCAGGGUGGCUCAGGACUGGUGGAGAGGUCAGGAAAGUUAGGCUACAAGGUCUCCAAUGAAAUCCUGCUCCAAGCACAGGGCCCAUUAACUUUUAUGGGUCUACAGACUCAUACCCAAACUAAACUUGUGUUGGAGGAUAUCAGGGCCAUGACAUCGGCCCUCUAUCGUGUCAUAAGGCAUUCCAAAGACGUCUUUGAGCAUGGCAUGCCAAACAGCCUACCUGCCAGGCUCCGCUUAGUUGGAUUGUGGUAUUUCUGGUGUGAUUUGUUGUCAUGACAUUUGUCUACAGUGAUGCCUUGUCAGUCACCUGCUCCCCUCCAUCCUGUCCUUCUCAGUUUCCAAAGGGUCAGUCAUGGAUAGCUUGGUGACUCUUGCAGCCACUGACAUUGUACAGUUUUUUAUUUAUUUUGUCUUUUUGUUUUUUAUUUGACCUCUACUACCUUAAACAUAUGAACAUCUACACCUGAAAUAGCGCAUAGUUCAGUUGUCAACGUCUACUGUGAGUUCUGUUCACCUUGAUCUUGAACAUUUGCACAAUCUUUCAAUAGUUUAGCUUGAGUUGUAGAUCCAUGGAAAAGCAGUGCUUUUGCACUUGAUGAUCUACCUUUUAAGCCUGGAGUUUUCAGCAGGCCUGUGAGAAGCUAUCUAUAUGGGUCCUGUCUGUGUUUAAGUGUGCACUAGCAGUAGAUCAAAACAUGAGAAGGAGGAUUUAAAUAUUAACAGACCCCCCCCCCCCCAUAUUCUUUAUUAUUCCUGAUUCUUGCAAUGUUUAUAUUUACUUACAGUUGAAAUUUGGAGAGGGGUCAACUACAGAUUUAAUCUAUAAGUAGGAAAAAAAUUGUUUUACAAUGCCUUUCAUGCGCGUGAGCAUUAAAGUAUUUGUUUAUUUUUUGUAGUCAAGCCUUGUCUUUUGUCCCACAGGGAACACAAAACGACAACAAAAAGGUUUAAAUUGUGAGUACCCACUUUGUUUGUUGACAAUGGUCAUCUACUGGUGCCUGUUCUUUUGAGUCAAGAAUUGUUCAAAGAGAAACUAGAUC